AUGUCCUCGGCCGCCACCGCCGAUAUCACCCCGGUCGAUCCGCCGUCCCCAAGCCCGCUCGCUCCCCCAACGCCUGGCCCAGCAUCCAGCCCAUCCAUCUAUUCCCGCAUCGAGUCCAUGUUCCCUAUCCUCCAAUGGCUGCCGCAGUAUCGUCUCCAGUAUCUCUACCGCGAUAUCAUGGCUGGCAUCACCAUCGCGGCGCUGAUCGUCCCUCAGGGCAUGGCCUACGCUGUGAUGGCCAACCUGCCUCCCGUCUAUGGGCUCUACGCAUCGAUAUUCCCAUCAUUGAUUUACCUCUUUGUCGGCACGACCAUAUUCAUGAGCAUCGGCCCGUUUGCUGUCGUCUCGCUGAUGGUUGGAGAUGUCGGAGUCAAGGGCUAUGAGAUUGUGCAGGCGAUGCGCAACUCGACCGUGGCCUCCGCCGAACUCGCCCAGCCGCCGGCCUUGUCCGAUUCGCCUGUGCUGGUGUCGGUGAUUCUGUUCCAGGCCUUUGCCAUCGGCGUGGGACUCGUGCUCCUAUCCUUUGUGCAGGCGGGCAAGUUCCUUUCCAAGCACAUGGUGUCCCUCCCUAUGCUCGCCGGCUUUUCGGCUGCGACCUCGCUGAUCAUCAUCACGUCGCAGCUCCGCCAGGCUUUUGGCCUCGUGUUCCCAAAGCAAUCGGGCAUCUUCAGCCUGCCCAUGACCUGGUGGCAGAUCAUUAUCAACAGCCAGACCUUUGAUCCGGCGACUUCGCUCGUCUUUGCUGCCUCGGUGGCUCUCAUGCUCGGUAUCAGCACGUCCGAAUCAGCUUUUCGCAAGUGGCUCGCCUCGCGACCGGCUCAACGCACCCACCAAAGCGUUCCCACGGAUCCGGAGCAGCCCAAGAACCCUCGCGCCAACGCAACAUCGUCGUCCUCACCUGUGGCCCAAAACGCCAUCCCAGAUGUUCUCGUUACCGUCUUGGCCUUCAUCGUCCUCAGCAUCGCCAUGAAGCUGUCCACUGACUAUGGCAUCGACGUUGUCGGCCCGAUUCCCGCGGGCUUUCCAGCACCAAGGGUUCCCUGGGACAGCCUAUCGUUUGCAGAGUGCAUGGCAAUCCUGGGCGGCUGCUCCGUUGACCUGGUGGCUCUGUCUCUGGUUGCCUUCGUCACAACCUUUUCCAUAUCGACGACAUUCGGCCGCCAUCGAGCCACCAAGCCUCUGAUUGUCGAUCCGAUUCCAGUCUCCCCCUCAUCGCGCUCGCCGGCUCCAUCCUCAUCACCCAUGAUCGCCGCGACGCAGCUUCCAUCCGACCCAACACCGACCAUCGCCAACGUCCACAAAGCCAUCACGAGAGCCAGUCUGGCUGUCCCAGCACGCUACGGCACUGUGCACGUUCCAGGCGAUCGCCAGACUCCACGCCAGUCCGAAACCUCUCUGCUGCUGACCGACGGCGAGGACGCGGUGCAACCAAACCAGGAACUCUUUGCCCUUGGGCUCGUCGCUUUGCUGGCCGCAUUUGCCUCGUGCUAUCUCCCCAGCGGCUCGCUCUCGCGAAGCGCCGUCGUGGCCAACCGCACCGAGGCACAAUCCCUGGUGGCUGGCCUUGUGUGCGUGUCGAUCGUCAUGGUCGUCGUGAACUUCUUGACGGCCUGGUUCGAGGCCCUGCCCAUGGCCGUGCUCUCGUCCGUGACCAUCGUGGCCCUGUGGAAGGUCGUGCUUACGAUUGCCCAUGUCAAGACCCUCUGGUACAAGGGUUGGAAAAAGUCCAAGUCGCUCUCGCAAGACUGGACACUGGCAGACUCCCAGAGCAUGGCGGUCAUGCGACAGUCCCCCUCCGAGAUGGACAUCCUCGUCGCAUCCAAGCGCAGCCCAACCAAUCUCCACGGCAAUUUCGAUCUAUCCAACCGCGUAAGCAGCGAUGGCAGCCGCAACAGCGACGAAAUCGAGGAAGGCGUUGCCUCGCUGCGCCCCACGCACUUUCGAAUGACGGUCCAUCGUGCCCUUACCUUUGCCUAUGCGUACCGCGAUGCCGUUGUCUGGACGAUGACGUUUGUCUCUGUGGCUGUGUUUGAUGCCCGGAUCGGUAUCGUCGCUGGCAUUGUCAUCGUGUCGGCCUACAAGCUCAUAUCCUACUUUGAAGCACGUACCCGUCCUCAUUGA